UUCUUAGGAUAAACAAAACACCCGUUGGUUAAUUAUGAUCACAACUGUGAUUAUGACGCUAUUUAAGUGAGGUAAUUCACGCUAAACACCAUCCCUCGAAACAUGGUUUCAGUGUCCAUCUUCAGUUUCUUGUCCCUCUGAACUGAAAUCACCAAUCCCAAGAUUAUUAUUAUUUUUAUUAUUCUUAUUGCUCUAUUUAUUUUCGCUGAUGGAUCCGAAUUUCACCGGAGCUCCGUCGGAUACGGCGGAGUUUGAAUCGGAGAGCUUGCUCGACAUCAGCUCCUUGGACAUCGCCGACUGCUUCGACGAUCUGCUCAAAUUCGACUUGGAAUCUUUUGAUUUCAACAUGCUUGAGUCGCUGCCGCCGCCGCCAAGCGCCGCCGUGGUGGGCGUGGAUUCGGUGUCGUCGGAGCAUUCGGUGGGGCCCACUGCGGGAGUGGACCGUGGGAAGUCGGUGGUGAGCGAGGAGAUGGGCGGCGGCGGAGGGAAGAAGGCGGAGCGGCGGCGGCGGAACAAGAUUCCCGUGGGCGCGUCCUCGAGGGCGUCGUUUAAGGGAGAGACGGUUUCUUUGGUGAAGAAGGCCCUCGCCCCUGAGCAGCUUGCUGAACUUGCUAUCGUUGAUCCUAAGAGGGUUAAGAGGAUUCUUGCCAAUAGGCAAUCUGCUGCUAAAUCCAAGGAGAGGAAAAUGCGUCAUAUGCGUGAGUUACAAAAGAAGGUACAGUUGCUUAAAAUUCAAACAACCGAGAAGGCUACAACUGUUACCAUGCUUCAGCAAGAGAGUGCAGAAACCGCUGUUCGGUUGAGGGAGCUCACAAUAACCAGAGAUGCUAUGCAACAAGAAUUACAGAUUAGAAAGGCUCUGAGCGAGGCGAUUGAGGAAGAAGUUCAAAGCCUAAGGAAAGAAGAUGAUCAUCUAGAUGUUAUAUUGCGUGCUCGUUCUCUUACUGAGUUGCUCUCUUCCCAGAUGCCUCCGCAGCAGUUUCACUAUUCUCCAUAUGAUCAACAAAUACAGCUUCCAAUGCCUGAAGCUAAUCCUUUUCUUCCCUCUAGCCAGGGUUCCAGUGAGAGUUAUGACCCUAACUUCUCAGACUUCAAUCCCCCGAACUAGCUAGCUCAUUAUAGCAGCAGUAAACGAUCGGUUACAGGUGAGAAUAAUCAUCAUAUCAAAACUAUCAUCUCGAGUAUAUGUUGGUAUUGGGAGACUUGUGGAUAGAUAUCAUUGUGAACUUUUAGUGACCUUGGUUUCUUUGUUGUUAUUUGUGUUUGACUGUUUUAGGCUAGAUAUAGCCUAUUUGCGAGUUUUCUAAAUUUUUAUGUUAAAGCCAGAGUUUGAACUUUAUUUUCUACUUUCUGGGGUGGAAACUGUGGAACAUGAACUUGUUGAUGAUAAGUCGUGAAUGGAAGUGUUCGUUAAGUAUUUUCGGACUUUACUUGAUCAAAUUAACUUAAUUUGGUCGAU